AUGCUUUCCCAAAAGGAGAGACGUGUGCUCAUCUUUGAUGAUCUAUGGGAAGCAUUUCCUCUGUACAAAGUGGGUAUUCCAGGACUAACCAAAGAUAUUGGAUGUAAACUAGUGUUAACUACACGAUCAUUUGAAGUGUGUAAGAAGAUGGAGUGCAUAGCUAUCAAAGUGGAGCUUCUCACAGAAGAGGAAGCAUUGAAUCUAUUUAUGAGUAGGGUUGAAGGACAUCAGACAGUUCUUACUCCAAAAGUGAAAGAAAUUGCAACAAAAGUUGCAAAAGAAUGUGCUUAUCUGCCCCUUGCAAUCAUUACUCUAGCUGGAAGUAUUAGAGGAGUGAAUGACACUCACAAUGAACUGAUCAGCUCGACAAAGCAGAUCAUGGACAAAGAGAGUGGAGUAUCUGAGCAACUAAAAUUUAGUUAUAAUCGCCUAAAAGAUGAAAAGAUCCAACAUUGUUUCUUGUAUUGUGCAUUGUAUCCAAAAGAUCAUAUCAUCCCUAAGAAACAUCUCAUAGAGUAUUGGAUUGCUGAGGGCCUAAUAACUGAGAUGGACAGUAUGGAAGCAAUGUUCGACAAAGGCCACACUAUAUUGAAUGAACUCAUAAAUACCUGCUUGUUGGACACAUCUCAAGGUAUUGGUUUGUCCUUCACCGCCAUACAAUCUCUGCCAGAGUCCAUCUCCAAGUUGGAGAAUUUGUAUGCACUGUCACUAGCGAAUUGUCGGCAACUAAGUUAUGUUCCUUCACUGGAGAAACUAAAGGCAUUGAAAGAGUUGAAACUGACUGAAAGUCAAAUUGAAGAAAGUCUUGUGGUGCUAAUUGUUGAUAAAAAAGACCAAGAUGACAAACAAGAGAAAUACUAUCCUGAAGCAACAGAAGUUUGUAUCCAGAAGUACUGGUGUAAGCACAUGACGCGCCUCAACAACAUAGAGUACUUGAACAUUAGGAGAUGGGACUAUCACAUUAGAUUAUCAAACAUUCAAUCGUUGAGGGAUGUGAGAGAUUUAACAAGAUUUAUAAUUGAAGACUGUGAUGGGCUUGAAUCCAUCUUUUCAUCAUCAUCCUUAUUAGAAGACUACCAAAUCCCGCUAAGAACAGUUGAGGAAUUACGGUUUAUUGAUUUACCCAAUUUUAGGGUACUCUUUGACAGAGUUGUUCUACUGCACAACAUUUCAUUUAACCUUAAGGAAUUGGACUUCCUUGCAUGUCCCAGAAUCAAAUAUAUUUUCCCCGCCAAGUUGUCGCAGAACUUCCAAACCUUGAGGAAGUGCCUUGGUGUAAGAAUGUGGAGGCAACACAAUCACAAUCAAAAUUAG